UAAUUCAUUACCUCUGAUCUGAAUGAAAGCGGGGUAAAGCACCGAGCACCGGUGAUGUCGAGGGAAAUGUCACCUCCUGAACCUUUCGGCUCUUAAGUAGUUCUCCGAAGUUUGAUCUGCUAUCACCUCCAGUAGCUCCAGCAUUAUCCGUGUCGCAAGGGCAAUGCCUCCGUCUUCAGCUCCGGUUCAUAGCCUCAAACAAAAGGUGUUCACCUGCCUCACCAAGCUCUCCGACCGCGAUACUCAGUCCCUCGCCGCCAAUGAGCUCGAGUCCAUUGCUCGGAACCUUGACUCAAACUCCGUACCAGUGUUCCUCUCCUGCAUUCACUCCACCAAUUCGUCAGACAAAUCGCCGGUUCGUAAACAAUGCGUGCACCUCAUGCAGGUUCUUUCCGAAACGCACGGAAACUCACUCUCCCCCUAUCUUUCCAAAAUCCUUUCCCAUAUAGUUCGUCGGCUCCGGGACCCGGACUCCUCGGUUCGAUCUGCUUGUGUGAAUUCCGUGUCGGCAUUGUCUGCACACAUCACCAAGCAACCGUUUGCUUCUUUCCUGAAGCCGUUAACUGAGGCUCUGUUCACUGAGCAGGACCAGAAUUCACAGUUAGGCGCGGCGCUUUGUCUGGCUUCUGCCAUUGAUGCAGCCCCUGACCCGGACCCGGCGAGAUUGUCAAAGCUCUUGCCGAGGUUCGAGAAGUUAUUGAGAAGCGGGAGCUUUAAGGCGAAGCCGGCGCUGUUGACCCUUAUCGGAAGUGUUAUUGAAGCUGGUGGAGUGUCGAGUCAUGCGGUUUUGAGCAAUUUGGUUCCGUGCACCGUGGAAUUCCUGAGCAGCAACGACUGGUCGGCAAGGAAGGCUUCGGCCGAGGCAUUGAUGAAGUUGGCGAUAGUGGAGCGGGACGUAUUAUCAGAAUUCAAGGCCGGAUACUUGAAUGUCUUCGAGAACCGACGAUUCGAUAAGGUUAAGGUAGUUCGGGAAGUUAUGAAUCAGAUGUUUGAGGCGUGGAAGCAGAUACCUGAUAUAUCGGAUGGAUUCUCUCCACCACCUAAAUCACAAUCUUCUUCCUCAGAAAAUGUAAGUGAUGGGCGCUAUCCGGCAUUCUCACAGAAUUCAUGCCGUCGUGCUUCUGUAAUGCCUCGAUUGUGGAAGAAAUCCACUCCAGUUAGCAAAUCAAGCCCUGAUAGUUCUGUUGUGAGCAAUGCUAAGAAGUUAAGCUUUAGUAGUAAGAGAAUGAGCUCAAGUGUUUCGCCAAAACAAAGCCAAAUGAAUCGGGAUGUUCCAAUGGCUGUGCUCAGUGCUCCCUCCGCUAUAGGUGCUAAUCAGGGUUAUCUUGAAGAGAGAAAUGAGAUGAUACCGGGAAAAAACAAAAAGGAGAAAAGCAGCUUUUCAAGGCCAGAAAUGAAACGAGCUCUUCCAAGUAAAAAUCCUGAUGAAAGAAAACACAAGUUUGGUGGCUCCAAAACUGGAUCUCGCGUCGUUCCAUGUCAUGAAGAGAGCCAAGAUUCAGUUACUAUCAGUAAUGUUGCUAAAGAUUUGCAUAGGAAUGACAAAGAUUGUGAAGAGUUAACUUUAAUCCGCAGCCAGUUAUUUCAAAUUGAAAAUCAGCAGUCCGAUCUACUUGAUCUUCUAGAGAGAUUCAUGAAUAGCUCACAGAAUGGAAUGCGAUCUUUAGAGUCUCGUGUACAUCGCCUGGAGUUAGCGCUGGAAGGGCUCUCUCAUGAUUUGGCUGUAUCAAAUAGAAGGGUGGUUCAUGCUGAUGCUCCUUGGGAUUCAUGUUGCCUGCUGCCUGGUGCCGAAAUUCUGAGCUCCAAAUUCUGGAGGAAAACACAGGGCCGGUAUUCUGGCUCCCAGUUCUCUAGAUGCAGUCGCACCCCACCACAAGCUGCCAUGUGGUACAGAGCUCACAUGAAGAGUGAUGCUGAAACUGAGUUGACAACUCCAAAGCGCAGGCUCCAUGGUGAUGGAGGAUUCAUCACAAAUCCGCUGGCAGAAGUUCAUAAUAACUUGGGAGAUACGAGACAUUGCGCAUAAGGAGAGCCAAUGGAUAACAGCAGCUUAUUGGCCGAAGAAAGAGACCUUCUAUCAACUUGCUGGAAGAUCUUUAUGGGAAAGUGUGAGAAUAACCGGAUCAGAAUAUUCAAAUUUGGUCAAUCUGCAGUCUUGUCACUCUCAAUUAAGGCGGGAAGCUUACUAUUUCAUACUUGUGCAGAAUUUCAUUGCAUGUCCAUCAUAUUCUUGGACAACUUUAGUAGAUUGAAACGGGUCCACGGCUUACUCUUUCGUUUAUUGAUUAAUUACUAGGUUGUAUUCCAGUUGUGCCAAAGGUGACGAUGAUACACCUCUAGAAUGUAAGGUUUCUGUUCUGUGCCAAGAUUGGCGUCCUAAAUAGUUGCCACUUGGGAGGUUGUGACAAGAUUCUCCUUGGCUAUCCCAUCCCAUUUACAGAAUUCCUAGAUUGUCAUUUGCACUUGAAUAUUAAGAACUAAUCAAUGGUUUGAAAUUUAGCCCGAUCCUCGAGGAAUGAAUGGAUAAUUGAAUAUCCGGAUUUUGUACUAAUAUUAAUUUUGAAUGAUCAGAUUUCCUUCCGUUCA